AUGUUAGACAAAAAGAUCACACAUCGUCCAACCAUCACUUACCGGCCAAUGCGGCCCACUGAUCUCCAAGCUCUACAGCAAAUCCAUGCCGGCUUAUUUCCUAUAAGGUUAGUAGCACUGUUUUCAGGUGUGAGACACCAAUCUUUGCCUAUACUAGAAGACUUUCCCAGCUAAGUUUAGUCCAUCUGGGUCGUGCAGGUACGAGUUGGAGUUCUUCUUGAAUGUGGUCAAUGGUCAUGGGAUAGUCUCUUGGGCUGCCGUUGACAUUAGCGGGUGCGACGACCGGAUGGACAGACUCGUUGGCUUCGUCACCACCCGACUGGUCCCAGCAAAAGAAAGUGAGGUGGUGGAACACAUAUGCAACAAAUAAUAAUAAUAUGAGCAUAUUAUUCUACAGUUUGGUGGAUUGGUUGCCACCAUGCUCAACUUAUUAUUAUCUGGGCUUGUGAUUUACAGAUAGCAGAUUCACUCCGAUAUGAUUCAUCAAGAUCAGAGAAGACAUUAGUAUACAUACUAACCCUUGGAGUUGUCGAGGCCUACCGCAACCUCAGGAUAGGUCAACACACUUUCUCCAUAUUAUUAUUAUUAUUAUUCUGAUGAUUGCUAUUAUUAUUAUUGUCGUUAUUAUUAUUGUUAUUAGCAUUGAUUUAUCUUUCCUUGCGGGGUUCUUGACUUCACUUGCAGCGACUACCCUGGUCCAGGAAGUCAUCAAGUAUGCGUCGAGUAUUCCCACCUGCCGGGGGGUUUACCUGCAUGUCAUUGAUUACAACAACCCGGCGAUCCUCUUCUAUCGUAAGAUGCUCUUCAAGCUCGUCAGAAGGCUCCCAAGCUUCUAUUACAUCCAGGGUCGGCACUUUGAUUCCUACUUAUUCGUUUACUACCUGAACGGAGGCCAAUCCACCUGUUCUCCACUGUAAGUUCCAGACUCACCCACCCAGAUAUCUAUAUAUUUAUGUCUCGCUAUGUUUACCGAUGAGGUGCAUAAUCCGACUUGUGUUUCUUACAUUUUUCAUUAAAAUAAUAAAAUAAUAUAAUAAAAUGAUCUGGGCUGUUGAUAUUUCUUGCCCAGCAGGGGGAUGGUGGCGGCGGUGGCGGCGGUGGCGGCGUACUUGAAGGGGCUGGUGGCCUCGCUGGCAUCGGUGUUGAGGAAGAGCAGCAAGCCGGGAAGGUCUCGGAAACGGGCCGACAGCAAGGACACCGGCUCCCUCCUCUGUACCCAAGAAGGAGAUUCUGGGCUCGUUUAG